GGGAGAGAGAGAGAGAGGAUCUGUAUCCUCCGCUGACGCUUCUCCCUCUGACUGACUGACUGAUACAGCACAGAUGAUGUCAUCACAGCACCUGAACUGUGGUUGGCUGCAGCAGCUCCUCGUCGUGCUUCUGAAGCUCUGCUUCACUUUUGCGGGGCCUUUACGACCACUCAAUGGGACGGACUGCACAGCCAAGGGUCCCGCUUCCUACAUCCUGGUCUUUACAGGUCACUGGAGCCCACAGGCCUUCCCGAAACAGUACCCACUGUUCCGUCCUCCUGCCCAGUGGUCCAAACUUAUAGCGGUGAGCCACAAUCGUCAUUUUCGGCUGUGGGAAGAUGGAGCCUCAGCCAGUGCAGGGGUGCAGAUCUUCGCUGAGCUUGGAUUGACAGUGGAGCUGAUGAAAGAGGCCAAGGAGGCCAGGAAGAGACGCACAGUUGGCGCCAUGUACCGAACAGCAGGAACCCCUAAUGCCAUCGGGCACAGCUCCACAGAGUUGCUUAUGCAGCCGCGGAAUCCAAUGUUGUCCAUGUUGGUGAAGAUGAUCCCAAGCCCUGACUGGUUCGUCGGGGUGGACAGCAUAAACCUGUGUCAGGGCAACCAGUGGAAACAGGAAGUGACCGUUGACCUCCACCCUUAUGAUGCCGGCACCGACAGUGGUUUCACUUUCUCCUCUCCCAACUUCCCCUCCAACCCCCGCGAAAACAUCACAAAGAUCACAUCUCAGAUGCCAAACCACCCGGCCAACUCCUUCUACUAUCCACGCUUGAAGGAGCUGCCUCCUAUUGCCAGCAUAAGACUCACUCGACAGAGCGGCUCACCUGGUCGUCAGACGCCCAUGUCCAAUCAUAUCUUACCUAAUUCGAUCAGUCCGCAGCGUUUUUCAGUGACACCGCUGGACUGUGAAGUAUCACUAUGGUCAUCCUGGGGUUUGUGUCUGGGCCCCUGCUCCAGAGGUGGCGUUCGGCACCGCACUCGUUACAUCCUUUUGCGGCCCGCCAACGCCGGCACGCCUUGCCCUGAGCUGGAGGAACAGGCUGAGUGUGUACCACACAGCUGUAUGAAACGCCAGUGAACCAGAGAGGGCACACUCACUCUUACUGCCAGUAUUCAACACUGGGACUGUCACUUUGCCACUGCUGGACUGAGAAAUGUUGCUGCAUUUUGAGUGUUUUGUUCGUGCAAAAUUUUUUUGUUUAUUUCUUCUUGUAACAAAAUUGUGAUAUAUGUUUUUAAUACUUUUGUCUCUUGGUGUAUUUUAAUGAUAUUUUAGAUACAAAUCCUGGAUGAAGAGGAGACAUGCUUACAGUACAGGGAGAGGUAACACUCUCAAUGAUUUUUAAGGACAACAUUGAGGGAUUCAAGCAAAAGAUUGAAUGCAAAAAAAGUCAACGUAGAGCUCCAGUUGCAAAGCCAUGGUUGCAAGUAAGUUUUUUUGUUCAUAGAUUUUGUAGAAAGCCCGGGAAACUUAAAGUGCCCUCGUGGACACGCCGGCACGGCUUGUGCAACUAUACUUCUUCCAUUUCCAUAUAUACACUCUAUGGUUUGAAGUAAAUGCUGAGGAGACUUAAAUAUGUUCACCUUUAACAUGCAGGCAUUUAUCCAACCAUGUGAGAACAGAAGUCUCCGCACAGGAGAAGGUCCUCACACACACUGCAUACGCACAGGCAUUAGUUUACGUAGGUAACCUUAUAGCAGAUACGGCUCUUUAAAAAUACCCUCACACUCUCAUUUAUAAAUGUCAUCCUUUAAGGAAUAAAGACUAAGAUGAAGUUAUUGACCUAUUUUAUUAAAGGUUUUUUUACCAGAAAAAUGAAUGUCUUUUUUUAUAUUUUAAUGUUAAAAUUUUGUACAUAUUGUAUUUUCUCUUGUAUAACUCAUGAAUAAAUUGGAAUUUGUUUUUAAAAUAGAUGACAUCUGUGUCAAUUUGUUCCCACGUGAGGUUUUACAUUUGGAAAUGCUGUUAAGGUGACGCGUCUAUUAUUAAGUUUAGUGAGACCACAGUUCCAGUAACUGGAACACGUUAGGGGGGGCAGUGCUUUUGUACGUAUGAAAAUAAAGUGACCAGAACUCACACUUCUUUAUUUAAGUCCAAGGAACUCUCACGGCCCAAAUCCAAAUUUACA